GUCAGCCGGCAAUAGUUCGCGCUGUCGUAAUUACGUAAGCAUUUCAUCGGCUGUGGACUUCCUUAGUCGUUGAGUUGUGCCUUUAUCACCAACAUGGAUCCAGCAAAAGACCCAGAAAAGACAUGUGUCUUGUGUUGUCAAGACGUUGAAAUAUUUGCUUUGGGAAAAUGUGAUCACCCAGUUUGCUAUCGUUGCUCGACGAAGAUGAGGGUGCUGUGCGAGCAGAAAUACUGCGCUGUCUGCCGGGAGGAGCUCGACAAGGUGGUGUUUGUGAAAAAACUGGAGGCUUUUCAGUCUCUAUCGUAUCAGAAUUUCCCCUGUGAAAAAACAUAUGAUAUUUAUUUUGGGGACGAGAUGAUCUAUUCACAGUACAGGCGUCUGUUGUUCUCAGAAUGCCCCCGCUGCCCCGAGCCCAAGAUUUUCUGCACGUUUGAAGAGCUGGAGAAGCACAUGAGAAAGCAGCAUGAGCUGUUUUGCUGCAAACUCUGCACAAAACAUCUUAAGAUCUUUUCUCACGAACGGAAAUGGUACAAUCGUAAGGAGCUCGCUCGUCACAGAGCUCAUGGCGACACGGAUGACACCAGCCACCGAGGACACCCACUCUGCAAAUUCUGUGAUGACCGUUACCUCGAUAAUGAUGAGCUGCUGAAGCACCUGCGCAGGGAUCACUAUUUCUGCCAUUUCUGUGAUGCCGAUGGCUCUCAGGAAUAUUACAGUGACUACCAGUAUCUGAGCGAACACUUCAGGGAGAGUCACUAUCUGUGCGAGGAAGGUCGGUGUGCCACCGAACAGUUUACUCACGCCUUCCGCUCUGAGAUCGACUACAAAGCCCACAAGGCCGCAGCGCAUAGCAAGAAUAGAGCUGAGGCGCGGCAGAACCGCCAGAUCGAGCUGCAGUUUAACUACGCCACGAGACAACAAAGGAGGAACGAAGGUAUGCUGACAGGCGAGGACUAUGAGGAAAUGAGGCAGAAUCGUGGAGGAAGAGGAAGGCCGCCAGGAGGUCAGAAGAGCUGGAGGUACUCCAGAGAAAGAGAAGAGGAGGACAGGCAGGUGGAGGCUGCUCUGAGAGCCUCCAUGGCAAUGCGAAGGCAGGCGGAGAGAGCUGCAGUGCAAGAGAGGAGCACUCCCAAACACUGCAGGGAGGACCGGGUCGACAGAACAGAACCAGAGGAGCCCAAAGCCAACACUGGACACAAGACAGUUAACAGACCUCCAGUGAAAACUUUGAAAAGCUCCAAUCCAGGUGAUGAUGAGUUUCCAGUUUUAGGAGCCACAGCUUUAAUCCCCAGUGUGAAGCCUGCUUCUGUGGGAGGUGCUGCAACCCUAAAGGAGGAGGAGUACCCCAGUCUCUCCGCUGCUGCCGUUUCAGCCCCGAUGACCCCCGCCUACUCCGCCCAGCCCAGGAAGACUUCAUCUUUUCAAGAGGAGGAUUUUCCCGCUCUUGUUCCCAAAGUCCGCCCCCGCAAACCUGCGGCAAGCACCAGUUCUGCAUGGUCCAACCAUACAGCUGUAGCUGCACCCAUCACUCAUCCUCCGCCAUUCUCCAGACCCACCCCUCCUGUCUCAUUAUCAACUUCUGGGCCUGAGCUCCUCUCUUCAUCAAACUCUGUAUCAUCGCGCAAGAAAAAGAAAGUCGGCGAGAACAUAAAAGCGGCUUCUCGCCACUCUCCUUCUCUCUCUGAUGAUGAGAGCAGUGGGAUGACACAGCGGGAGUUUCGCUCAGUCCCCACCAUGUUGGAUAUCUCCUCGCUUCUUACUGUCAAAACCGACAACAGCAAAUCCUCGACUGUCCACGCCCCCCCUUCAAACUCCACUGCCAGUGCAGACUCCCCUGCACCCAAAAACAGCAAGAAGAAAAAGCAGAAGAAUGCAGGUGCUGCUUCUACGUCUGCGUUCACAGCUCCUGGCAUGACUGCUGAUGUGAAUCCAAUCUCUGUGGAGACAGCUGCCCAGAAGGAAAACCUCCCAGAGAAAACGCGGAACAAACCGAACUCCAGCGUUACAGCCCCGGCAGAGAUGAGCAGGUUGGCAAAUGGAUAUCCCGAUCCGCCUCAGAGUGUUGGCAAAGAAAACCCGCUACUAAUCCCAGUCUCAAGCACCGAACCCCCCCCAGACCAGGAGGAGGAAUUCCCGGCCCUCGCGACUAAGAAACCACCUCCAGGUUUCAGGGCCUCCUUCCCAUUAACAGCCUCCGUGCCCCCCUCAGCCUUACCAAUGCCCCCACCUCCACCUGGUUUGGGAAUCGCUGCCCCAAAGCCGCCUCCAGGCUUCACAGGAAUCCCCCUCAACAGCAAUGUGGUGGAGGUUGCACCCUCUGCAGUUAACAGCGCUCCCAAGGCGUUAAGCAGUGGUUACCUGGUCCCAGAUGACUUCCAGCAGAGGAACCUGGAGCUCAUCCAGUCCAUUAAAAAGUACCUCAACAACGACGAGUCCAAGUUCAACCAGUUCAAAAACUACUCUGCUCAAUUCAGACAGAGUGUGAUCUCAGCGGCACAGUACCACUGCUGCUGCGAGGACCUACUCGGAGACAACUUCAACAGGAUCUUCAACGAGCUGCUGGUACUACUGCCCGACACCACCAAGCAGCAGGAGCUGCUGACAGCCCACGCAGACUGCAAGGCUGUGGAGAGGCAGGCGGGCAGAGGAAGGAAAAACAGGAACAGGAACAAUGCCUGGCACACACCCCAUUCGGCGGCUAACACCGCAGCCGAACUGGACUGCCAGGUUUGCCCCACUUGCAGACAGGUACUUGCCCCCAAGGACUUUAACUCCCAUAAGACCCUGCACAUCACAGAAAAUGAAGAAUUCCCCUCCUUGCAGUCAAUUAGUCGCAUCAUCAGAUGAAGCACAUGGGGGGCAACAGCCCGUUUCCAGGCAAAUCCCAAAGAGGUUAAAGGUCUGUCUCUCAAGAUGAAAGACGCUGGUUUGGGGCAUUAGUGCUCUAAGGACCAUAGGGAUUGGUUUGUGUGUGUGGUUUACAGGUGGGUGGUGUUGGCUCCAUCUUUUCUCAUCUCCUGCAGAUGCUUCAACUUGACACUUACAAAUGGUGUCUCCUCCUACAGCACUUUGCUCCUUAACUGAAACUGUCUUAUUUUGCUUUUUCAUUAGUCAACACAUCAGCAUUUGAACAAAGUGCAUGUGUCCUAGUGGUGCUGCUUUAGUAGAAAACCAUCAGCCUUUCAAAUGCUCUGUGUAAAUCUUCACGACUUUUCUUGUCGGGCCUGCGUUCUCUGAGUGGACAGAUUGUUAGCUCGUCAGAUGGGGACGAAGCUGUUUGGAAAUCAGAACAAACUUCAGUUUCAUACUUGAAAUUUACCUGUAAUCUUCUCGUCUUCAAAUUAAACAUCAGAAAUGUUUUUCUUUGAUUGAUAGGCUCAUCAGGGCUCUUGCACUGCACAUUUCAAAUGAAAAGUAAAAUAAAAAAAAAUCAAUGAAAUUCA